GUACCUCACAGUAUUUUAUGUGUAAUUAGUAAGAUAUAAAUUUUUGUCAGUGUUGUUUUAUUAAUUGUUUAGCAUCUUUUAACUAUUUUUUAAAUUAAUACAUCAAGUUAAAAAUAAGAUUCAAAAUAGACAAGUAAUAAUAUUAUAGUUUUGAAGAAAUGACAAGAUGUAAUAAGAGUGAAGUUAAUCUUAAAAGCACUGCAUACAAUCAAAAUGGACAAAAUUAUUAUGAACAAUUAACAGCAUAUAACUCUAUGAGCGCGCACUUACGACGCGUUUUACUGGCAAAAUGUGUCGUUGAUGCUAGAAACAGAAACUACAUACGUAAAAAAAAACAAAUGUGCAAACAAAUAGAUUGGAAACCACAAUUUGUAAAAACUGAAAUUACAAAUGUAAUUGAUAAAUUGACGUAUGAUGUCUCAUAUCAUCCAAUGGAUUUUUUAAGAACGAACUAUGACUCAAAGUAUUUCUGCCAGUGUGAAGCUCAAAAGUACUUUACUAAUCCUUUAUUCGAUUAUAAUGAGAUUUGUUCACGACCAAAAUCUCACAGUCGUGUAGUUCGUCCAAGUUCAUCAAUAUUUAAAACAGAUAGUUCGGAGCCAGUUACAUCAAAUAGUAAAAAUAUAAGAGAACAGUCUUAUUCACAAUCAAUUAAUAGUUGUAGAAAGAUUUUUAAUUCUACAAGCGUGGAAACUGCAUUAAAAUUUCAAAAUAGGUAUUUAUUAUUGAUAAAUUAUUUAUGUUACCGUAAAAAUAUAUAUAGAAUAGAAAAAGAUUCGACGUAUUAUAAAUCUACUUGUGAUUAUUUAUCACAAAACAUCAAUCAUCUUCCAUCAGAAGAUAGCACAUCAAGAAAUUAUAGAAAUUAUGAAACCGCUCAACUAUGUACUGACUUCAUUGAUCAAAAAGCACAUACAAAGGAUGAAGAAGCGAAAUACGCAAAAUUUAUGUACGAUAUUACACAUGAAAUAAUACUCAAUGGUUUGUAUACUGAUGAAGAACUACAAGAAGUAUUUAAGAAACACAUUGAAGAAAACAAAACAAUUCUAGACACGAAGCGAAUGUUAUACGAGAUUUAUCAAUUAAAACUUGCUUUAAAUAUAUCGGAUAAUUCAGAAGGAGAAGAAUUAGAAGAUCUUGUAUAUGCUCAGCAAUUAUUAAAUAUUUCUGAAAUUCGACCACUGAUGCCUCCAAGAGGGCUAAAUGAAGAUAGAGUACUUAAAAAAUUGAUGUGGUAUCAGAAACUAGACGAAAUUAGGCGUGAUGCACUAAGCGCUAAAAGUAAAUCGGUCAUAUUGAUUGAUGCUAAUCCCGAAUUACAUAUAACUGAGAGAGAUGUUCUAACGUCACUAAUAGAAGCUGAUAUCAAUCCCGAAAAAGCUCGAAAAAUUUGUAGAGAACUUUUUUUUAAAAGCAAAUCAUUGAACCAAAUGAUAGAACCAAACAAUGAAUAUGGAAUGGAAGAAAGCGAUCAAUUUGAUACCAAUUUAACAGAAUCUUAUAAUUUAAACAAAGUAGAUGAAUAGGAUAAAAGUUCUGUGACUGAUGAUCUUGUAACAGAAGAACAUAAAGAUAUACAAACGUAAAAAAUAAUAGUUAUAUAAUGCUAAACUAUGAAAAUAAGUAAAAAUUCAUAAAAUAUAUUUAAUGUGUAAAUAUAACAAUAUUAGUUUUAUAAUCAGGAAAAACAUUUUAAUAUUGUUAUUUUCUUUUAUUACUAAAAAUAAGUAUUACAUUUCAAUUUAUCAUUUUAUCAGUUUUUCUCAACUCUUUUCAACAUUUCUGUUCGUAUUAUUUUAACACAAAAUAAAAUAUAUAAUGGAAAAAAUAUAUGUUACAGAUGUACAUAUUAUAUAGUUACAAUAUAUGUGUGUGUAUCAAAUUUGUUCAUGGUAUUUACUCUUCACAUAUUCCAUGUAUAUAUCUCAUAAUUAUAAACAUACGUUUAUACAUUUUUACAAUCAUUAUAUUUAAUGCAUACAUUGUACAUUGACUAUAAAAUUAUAAAAAUUAUUUAUCAUUACUCCUAUUAAAUAUUUUUACUAAUAUAUGGUUAUAAAUGUUCAUUUGUACUUUGUAUACAAAUUACUUUUGCUUACUUAUAAUAAAUUUACAUAUAUAUAAACGAUUUAUAACGUUAUCUAAAUCUUAUCUGUAAAAACCAAAAUUUAUUAUAAAGUUAGGUAAUAUACCUAGCAAGUAAAUUUAAAAACAAUUACACAAUUCUCAAUUAAGAAUACUCUUUCAGUUAAAAAAUAUAAUUUUUAUCUCAUAUAAAUGAUAUAAAAUUCAUUCUCAGCUUAAAAACUUAGUAAAAGAGUGAUCUAUAAUAAAUAUACUUAAAUCAAAUGAUAUCUUCUUG